GAAGCCUCGCGAGAUUUCACCAGCUCGUCCUUGCUCGCAGUCUCGGGAGCAAUGGGCUACUGGGACAUUCCCGAGGGCACCGACUGCGUGCAGAAAACGUGGAUAACAACCAAGCUGGCCACGACUCUGGGCCUGGUGGGCUCGGCCUACCACCUCGUCGCCUUCCAGCCCGAAACGGCACUGGAAGCUGUGCAGCGGGCCGGAAACGUCACCGCCACCAUGGCCGCCAUGGGCGCCAUCUUCGGCAUGGCCACGUGUCUCAGCGCUCAGGCCCGCCAGGCUCCGGACGAUCCGCUCAACUACUUUGCGGGCGGCUGCGCUUCCGGCAUCUUCUUGGGCGCCAGAACCCACAGCGCGGCCACCGGCACCUCGGCGUGUUUGGGUCUGGGACUGCUGGCCUUCUUCGGCAAAGUCUCCAAGACGGAGGGCUGGAGACUGAUCGGACCGCCGAAGCUCUAACCGGCUCGGGAACUUUUGACAAUGUGUCCUCUGAUAAAUGCGAAUCGUAAAGUAAUAAAGUUGAAUGAUGACAAAG